AUGCAUAUACUUCCAAAAUGUUCUCUUUUAUAUAUCCAAGUGUUCAUAGGAUUCCCACUGAAAUACGUGCCUGACUCUGCUGGAGUGCCUGGACUCAUAUUUUCUCCAGCAGCAUUCUGGUGGGGAUUGACAGUGACUUUACUACAUAUACUGUUUGUGUGUUAUGAACUAUACAGAAGAUUUAUGGGAGAUCUCUCAAUACAAUUCCUAGAGACAGAAUCCAGUGUAUUGUUGCUUUCUCUAAGUGUGAUCAAUGGAAAUAUCCUGUUGAUGGAACUUGUCAUUUUCAGUACCUACGCCAUGAAGUAUCCUCGGUUCCUAAAAUUCUGCACCUUACUAGAAGAGUUUGACCACACUUUGGAACUUGGACCGUCAGAGUACAGUAAUACAGGAGAAUUAAUCAUUAUCAUCCUUUCCACGGUGACUCCGGUAAUACUAGAAGGAGCUGACCUGUUUAAGGCAUUACUGAAAAAUGAGGAUGAACUUAUCAUCAGAAGGAUGAUUUCCUAUGUCUUUAUGGUGGUUAUAACCUGCGGCCGAACUGGUAUUUUAAUCCAUUUCCAACGGGUCGCCUACGCCAUUGCUGAUAGAUUCAGCAUCCUUAACGAAAGGAUCAGACGAGAAGUACUCCUCAAGCUGAGUCAAUUUAUCCAACGCCAGAACCCUUCACGUGCUGAUCUCAGACUGGAAUGUGUCACUCGUAACGUCCAGUCGCUUAUGAGCGCUUAUCAUCUCUUAUGUGACGUUGUGAACCAAGCCAACGUCUUUUAUAACGACUUGUUAUUAGUCUCCAUCGCUACUGCAUUCAUGAAUAUCACUGCGAGUCUUUAUUUCUCAAUACUUUCAAUAGUGCAGGGUAACCUAGCAGGUAUUAUCGCCAUGGCAGUUUGGACCUUUUCCCAAGCCGGUUUUCUGGUGCUGGUCACUCUCUUCAGCUCUGGUGUCUCCGAAGCGGCUGGUGAGACUGCACCGCUCGUCCGUAAGCUGAUCAGCCAGGACUUGGGCUCGGAACUGAGGGAACAGCUAAAGUCAUUUUUGCUGCAGCUACUAGAUAAAAACGUAGAGUUCUCUGCAAGCGGAUUUUUCCCGAUCAAUAGGAAAAUGUUGACUUCAAUUGCCGCAGCUGUGACUACCUAUCUGGUGAUAAUAAUUCAAUUUGACGCUCAGUUUACAUAA